CUUUAAAAGAACAUGAGCUUGAACUUUUUGUAAAAUUGCAAUUAACAUCAUUUGAAAUUAGUGAUGAAAAAGAAAAAAAUAAAACACAAAAACAUACAUAUAGAUAUAAUUAUAAUCAUUCUUUACUUCUUUGUAGGUCUGCAUAUUUAAAAUUAUGUGGAAUUAAUGAUUAUUUACUUUUUGCAUUACAAAAUCUUUUACAAUCAAAUAGUUUAACCAAACGUGUUUAUAGAAAUUUUGGAUGUACAUCUAAAACUGAGUCAAGAGUUUUUUUAGACCUUAACAUAACAUUACCAAUUAAACAAUUUCUAGUGCAAUAUGGAAUGAUUCACAAGUUUCCUUCUCCAUUACGGUAUCAAGAUGAUUCUGGGGUUUUUAUUUAUCUUCCUACUGGCCAAACCUACAAUUCAAAAAUUAUGGCUCGAGAUG